CACGUCGGCUGUAGACGCCGCGAUGGCUUUCUCAGAUGUUGGUCUCCCAGGCGAGGUUCCUUGGAAGAAGAUGUCUGCAGAGGAGCUGGAGAGUCAGUACUGUCCCAGCCAAUGGGGUGUCCGACUGCGAGCAGAGGAAGCCUUGAGGACUUACUCACAAAUAGGAAUCGAGGCCACCAGGAGGGCCCGGGCCACCAGGAAGAGCCUGCUGCAUGUCCCCUAUGGAGACGGCGAAGGGGAGAAACUGGACAUCUACUUCCCUGACGAGGCAGCUGAAGCUUUGCCUUUCUUCCUGUUCUUUCACGGAGGAUACUGGCAGAGUGGAAGUAAGGACGAGUCUGCCUUCAUGGUCGACCCGCUGACGGCACAGGGAGUGGCCGUGGUAAUAGUGGCUUAUGACAUCGCCCCCAAAGGCACCCUGGACCAGAUGGUAGACCAGGUGACCCGCAGCGUUGCGUUUGUCCAGAAGCGGUAUCCAAGCAAUGAGGGAAUUUACCUAUGUGGACACUCAGCCGGAGCCCACCUGGCCGCCAUGAUGCUCCUUGCCAACUGGACCAAGCAUGGGGUCACGCCCAACCUCAAAGGCUUUUUCCUCAUGAGUGGGGUCUUUGACCUGGAGCCCAUCAUGUAUACUUCACAGAACGUCGCUCUCCAGCUGACCCUGGAGGACGCUCAGAGGAACAGCCCCCAGCUGAAGGUGGCCCAGGUGCAGCCGGUGGACCCCACCUGCCGUGUGCUGGUGGUCGUGGGCCAGUUCGACUCCCCCGAAUUCCACCGACAGUCCUGGGAGUUUUACCAGAUUAUCUUGAAAACAAUCUUCCAGUAGUUCUGACGACACCUGGAGCCUGGUCCAAGUGCACCCCACCUUGGGAAGCCUCUCCAAAGAGUUUUCGGAGCUGAAGCUGCCAGCUUCAAUUUUCCCCAGCACCCAGGAGAGCCUUGCUGUGUUGCCUGCCCGGCAACAGUCCAUUCUCACUGCUGGGAUACUCGUGAAAAUCUCCAGGUCCUCCCUCUUCCCAGCCCGGACAGAGCUUCAGGGAGGCUCCAGGGGAUGUCCACAAGUCAAUGCUCAGAGAUGCCGGGAGCCGCCUGUAAGCCUCAUCUGGCCCCUCUACCUGCUGACAGAACGUGACAAAGAUGACUUACCUCUAGCGUUUUUGUAUGACCCACCAGCUAAGAAUGGCAUUGCUUUUUUUUUUUUUGGAGAUGGAGUCUCACUCUGUCACCCAAGCUGGAGUGCAGUGGUGUGAUCUCGGCUCACUGCAACCUCCACCUCCCGGGUUCAAGCAAUUCUCCUGCCUCAGCCUCCCGAAGAGCUGGGACUACAGGCACCUGCCACCAUGCCCGGCUAAUUUUUGUAUUUUUAGUAGAGAUGGGGUUUCACCGUAUUGGUAGGGCUGGUCUCAAACUCCUAACCUCAUGAUCCACCCGCCUUGACCUCCCAAAGUGCUGGGAUUCCAGGCGUGAGCCACCGCGCCCAGCCAGAAUGACAUUGCAUUUUUAGAAGAUUCAUAAAGAAGCACAAAAAAUAUUAUUUCAUAACGUAGAAAUUAUAUAAAACUUAAAUUUCCAUGUUGAUAAAUAAAGUUGUAUUGGGACACGGCCCUGUUCAUUCCUUUACGUAUUGACUAGGGCAGCUUUCCAGCUACAGGGCAGAGCGGAGUGGUGGUGACAGUGACCUCCUGGCCUGUAGUGCCUGAGGCAUUUCCUAUCUGGCCCUUUUCAGGAAAAGUUUGUGGACCCUGGGUAAGGGCUUCCCCAAGCCAGCUACCCUCCACCUUCUGCUUCAGUCUCCUGUCUGCUCUGUCCUCCGUCUCCCUGACAUUUGGGUCUGUCCCUGAAUGCCCCGGGGUCUCAGCGUUGGGACCAACACCUUGACCUUGACAGGACAAUGCUACCCACAUGUAGGACAAACUUCCGCUGCACCCCAAGAGUGGUGUGCAUGUCCCAAGAAGCCAGCUACAUCCAUCCACCACCCACCCCACCACACCACCUCUUUCUCUCACACUGAAUAGCAUUCAAGAAUUUCCACCGUAGGCCGGGCACGGUGGCCCACACCUGUAAUCCCAGCACUUUAGGAGGCCAAGGUGGGUGAAUCACCUGAGGUC